AUGCCAACUUUAGAGGGUUUUAUAGCUGAAGAUUCAUUUUCCAAGAGUACCUUGAUUGAAGACUGCGAUCGUAACAGAGAGAAUGAUGGAUAUGGGAGCGAAAAUGGCGGUGUUGCAGGCUCUAGUGGGAAAAAUAAUUCCCAAAUUCUGGAGAACCAUAAGGAUGUCAAUGGAGAUGAAGGAUUCAUAACUAUUCCGUACAAGGAACUUCCUGAUGACUGGACUGAGGCACCCAAUAUACUUUCUUUUCGCGAUGUAGACCGGUUCUUUGUUUUUCCAGGUGAACAAGUUCACAUCCUGGCAUGCUUGUCAGCAUAUAAGCAGGAAAUCGAAAUCAUCACACCAUUUAAAGUUGCUGCAGUGAUGAGCAAAAAUGGGAUUGGACAAAACACAAAGAAAGACAAUGGAAACAUUGAAAACGAAAUUAAUCAGGUGCCUCAAAGAGAGGACAUGACUGUUGAAGGUGAAGAUAUUGAUCAUAGUGAUAAAAAUCUGUCGAAAGGCAAGACUAAUCCAGAAAAAGAUGUUUUUGCUGGUGAAUCUCUUCUUAGAAAGGAAGAUCACAUGAGACAGUCUGAAACAUUGUUGCAGAGAUUCAAGAAUUCACAUUUUUUUGUCCGAAUUGCGGAAGCAGAUGAGCCGCUUUGGUCAAAAAGAAGGGCUUCGAAAGCACAUCCAGAACAUUCUGAGGUGGAUGGAGAAAAGUUCACUGCAGAUGGCACAGAGACUGCAAAGAAGAAGGCCCUUCUAAGUGCGACCGUUGAUAGUGGAAGUUUUGAUGCCAGUGCCUCCAGUGGUGUAGCAAGAAACGCUGUAAAAUGUUGCUCUCUUUCAAAUGGAGAUGUAGUGGUGCUUUUGCAGGUGAAUGUUGGUGUUGAAUUUGUGACUGAUCCUGUCCUGGAAAUUCUUCAAUUUGAGAAAUAUCAGGAGAGAAAUUUGGCUUCUGAGAACCAGGAAAGUUUAGUCUGUGCAAAUCAAGACCCUUGUGGAGAACUAUUGAAGUGGUUGCUUCCUUUGGAUAAUUCUGUUCCCCCUUCAGCUCGCUCUUUAUCUCCUCCUCCAGUGAGUUCCAGUUCAGGCACUCGUAGUACAUCAACAAGGUCCAACAUUGCUGGUCCAUCUGGGUCUCAGAUUUUUUCUUUUGGCCACUUUAGAAGUUAUUCCAUGUCCUCGCUUCCACCAAAUACUGCGCCACUUACAUCUGUUACAACCCCCAAUUCUAGACCAAACUUUGACCCAGAAGAUAAGCUUCGAGUCUCACCUCAGAAGUUUGUGAAGAGUGAGAAAAGCAGGAAUGAAGGGCUUUUAUCUUUUCGUGGUGUACCAUUGGAACCAGGGAGAUUUUCUGUUCGCUGUGGAUUGGAAGGUAUUUACAUACCAGGAAGAAGGUGGAGGAGGAAAAUUGAAAUCAUUCAACCUGUAGAAAUCCAUUCGUUUCCUGCUAACUGCAAUACAGAUGACCUUAUUUGUGUUCAGAUAAAGAAUGUUGCUCCCUCACAUAUACCCGACAUAGUGGUGUAUUUAGAUGCCAUAACAAUGGUGUUUGAGGAGGCUUCAAAAGGUGGGCCACCUCUAGCAUUGCCUAUAGCCUGUAUUGAAGCUGGAAGUGACCACAGUUUGCCAAAUUUAGCCCUCAGGAAAGGUGAAGAACACUCAUUUAUUCUCAAACCAGCAACUUCAAUGUGGAAGAGUCCCAAGAGUCAUGGUGAAAGUAGUUCACAGUCAUCACAUGUCCAGGCUGGAAGUGUAACAUCAAGUUUGCAUCCCUCCAACAUUGGAGGGAAGCAAGGUGUUUCACCGGCUGAUCAGUAUGCAGUUGUAGUAUCAUGUCGGUGCAACUAUACUGAAUCCAGGUUGUUUUUCAAGCAGACAACAAGCUGGCAACCACGCAUCUCAAGAGAUCUUAUGAUCUCUGUUGCAUCCGAGAUGUCAAGCCAAACUCUAGGCUCGAAUGGAAGAGUUCCGCAGCUGCCCGUUCAGGUGUUAACUCUUCAAGCUUCCAACUUGUCAUCUGAAGAUCUUACGUUAACCGUGCUUGCUCCGGCUUCAUUUACUUCUCCUCCUUCAGUGGUUUCCUUGAGUUCUUCACCCUCAUCACCAAUGAGCCCGUUGGUUGAUUCUUCUGAGUGUACAGGGAGAGUGAGCGGUGAAAGACAAAUUGCUGCAGUGCAGAAGUUAAGCUCAACCUCUCUUCUAUCAGAGAACAAAGGACAGACUGGGGAACGUGGUCCUCGAUCUGUUUCUUUAAAUGGGCAAUCCAUUCCUGUUUCUGAUGUCCUUCCAGGUGGUGAUUUGGGUUGUACGCACUUAUGGAUGCAAAGUAGAGUUCCAUUAGGACGCGUUCCUUCACAAUCUACUGCUACCAUCAAGCUCGAGCUGCUGCCUUUGACUGAUGGCAUAGUUACACUUGAUUCUUUACAGAUUGAUGUUCAAGAGAAAGGUCUUGCCUAUACUCCAGAGCACUCUCUGAAGAUAAAUGCAACUUCCAGCAUAGCCACAGGGAUUGUAUAGCAUUUUUCCAAGUUUGGUUUCCUUGAAUUCUCUUCUUGGGCCUGGAGAGAUACUUUUCAGACAUGUGAACCGAGGUCUCUCUUUCUCUCUCUCUGGAAUUUUGGUGUCAAUUGAUUUGAAAUGUAACCUUAUAUGGGUUGUACAAAUCCUGAUCUAAUAAUAGCAUUUGUGAUAUAUGCUUCGGUUUGGAAGAGUUUGAAUUCAUACCUCUGUAGAUUACCCCAUUGUAUUGAAUUCAUAAUCUCUGUAUAGAUUCAGAAUGAAAAGCAGAAAAAUGCAUCAUGGUUGUUAUUGAUCUAUUCGAGUGGUCAGCCUCACCAUAUAUGCCAG